AUGCCAAGGACUGCCAGCUUCCAGAACAUUACGGUGCUGGAGUCUCUGGGUGAAAUGAACUGGGAGACAAAUUGGACGAACGAAUCCAAAGAUGCUGCAGGCUUCGAUUAUCAGCAUGUCCAAGUUCCCUUUGAGAUUACUUUGUGGAUCUUGUUGGCUUCCUUGGCCAAAAUAGGUUUCCAUCUGUUUGAAAAACUACCAUCAGUUGUUCCUGAAAGCUGCCUAUUGAUCGUGGUUGGCCUUAUCAUGGGAGGCAUAAUCUUUGGCUUGAAUGACAAGUCACCUCCCCUUAUGGACAGUGAUAUCUUCUUCCUCUAUCUCCUGCCCCCUAUUGUCCUGGAUGCAGGCUACUUCAUGCCAAGUCGCCCGUUUUUCGAGAACAUCGGAACCAUCCUCUUGUAUGCCGUGGUGGGAACAAUCUGGAACGUCUUUGGCAUCGGAUUUUCUCUCUACGUGAUAUGUCAAGCAGAUGCUUUCCAGCUGGGUGACAUCUCCUUGCUUCAUAACCUCUUAUUCAGUAGCUUGAUUGCCGCUGUUGACCCGGUUGCUGUUCUCUCAGUCUUUGAAGAGAUCCAUGUCAAUGAAAAGCUUCACAUUUUGAUAUUCGGGGAAUCUCUCCUCAACGAUGCUGUGAGCGUUGUGCUCUACAGGCUGUUCCGAUCCUUCUGUGAAAUGCCAACCAUCAGAACUAUAGACGUGUUUGUGGGCAUCGGGAAGUUUUUUGUGGUUGGCGUUGGUGGGCUUUCAGUCGGCCUUCUCUACGCCAUGACUGCAGCCUUCACCACUCGCUUUACCAAAAAUAUCUUGGUGAUUGAGCCGCUUUUCGUCUUCCUCUACAGCUACUUAUCCUAUCUCACUGCAGAAAUGUUCCAUCUCUCUGGCAUAGUGGCAAUCAUAUCUUGUGCCAUGGGCAUGAAGCGUUAUGUGGAAGCCAACAUCUCCCUCAAGUCCCACACGACGAUUAAAUACUUCAUGAAGAUGUGGAGCAGCGUGAGUGACACCCUCAUCUUCAUCUUCCUUGGCGUCUCUACUGUUGGGGACAAUCACGAGUGGAAUUGGCCCUACAUCUGCUUCACCCUCAUUUUCUGUCUCCUUUGGCGAGCACUGGGUGUUCUGGUCCUCACGUUCAUCAUCAACAGGUCACACAUCAAUGCGGUUACACGCAAGGACCAGUUCAUUAUUGCAUAUGGCGGCCUUAGAGGGGCCAUCUGUUUCUCCUUGGUGGUUUUGCUACCUGAUUUCCACAGGAAGAAGCUUUUCACUGCGGCAACCACAGUCGUUAUCCUCUUUACUGUCUUUGUACAGGGGAUGACCAUUCGUCCUCUUGUAGACUGGCUACACGUCACUCGAAAGCAAGAAAGUAGCCCCACCGUGGGAGAACAAAUUCAUAUCCGGUUCCUGGACCAUUUGUUGGCUGGUAUUGAAGAUAUAUCAGGACACUGGGGACAGUAUUAUUGGAAAGACAAAUUAGAGUAUUUCAACAGCAAACACUUGCAGAAAUAUUUGGUCCGGGAAUAUAAGCAACCCAAAUCCAGUAUUGUCCUCCUGCAUGAGAAAUUGGAGAGGAAGCGUGCCAUUCAGUUAGCUGAAGCAGGUCAGCUUUCAUGGAGGCCAUCCCUCGUAUUUUCUGCAAUAGAUAUAAAAAGUGUGGGUCCUAAAACCUUAGGGGACACCGCUGUUAAGAGUCUCAGUCAAGACGAGGUGAAUGACAUCCAGAAGAUAUUGGAGAAGAACUUGUACAAAACAAGGAGGAUGGUAUAUAAUCGACACACACUUCCUUGGGAAGCAGAACCAGUGGAGCAGGUCAAAGAAAUCGUCAUCUUCAGGCACAAAAGUUUGCAAAUCUGCUCCGAGAGAAGUGCCUCGGAUUAUCUCAGCAAGGAGGUACAAUGGUUGUGA